CCGGAAGUGCUCUACGGACGGCGGCCACUAGGCCCCGCCCCUGCUCGACCCACCCCACUCUUGCCCCCUCCAAGCGGGCCGACAGCCUCCCCGGUGACGCAAUUCCGGCGCGCCGGCUGCAGAGGUUUUUGCGGGUCGCGUGGCAGUGACGCAACGGCGGCGGGAGCCGCUGCGGCGCACUCUUCUCUGGACGAGGCCGGGUGAGCCGGCGGCUGAGCCGGCCUGACCCCCCCACGCCCCCUGCCGGGCACCCCCGCUCCCUUCUCAGGCGGCCCGGAGAAGGCGUCCAAAGCCGGGUCCGUCCGCGGCGUAUUGCCCGCGCGCGUCUCCUUCGGUUUGUCACGGUUCUGUGACCCCCUAAAGGUUGAGGGCUACGGAACUGGAGAGGAGCCGAGCUGGCGCUCUGCAGGCUGCUGCGGGCCGCGGGGUGGAGGUGGGCGUGGGCUGGGCCUUGGAGGGCAGAGCCACCGCGAGACUGCCGUUAAAAUACAAGUUCUGAGCCUCCAGGCGUAGGUUAAGGAGGCCCCUGCCCGUCAGCCCUAUGGGAUCCGCGCCCUGGCCUUCAGAGGCCGGCGUGCAGCCCCGGUGAGACGCUUCCCCGCGCGCUGAGGGCCCGGAGCCGAGAAGGGGUGGGCCAUGGCCAGCAUCACCCAGCUGUUCGACGACCUGUGCGAGGCCCUCCUGCCCGCUGCGAAGGCUCACCUGGGCCAGCGCAGCGUGAGCCGAAAGAAGGCAAAGCAGACCCUCAAGAGGGUGGCCUACAACGCUCUUUUCACGAAACUUUUUCGAGAGGAGACCCAGAAGCUGCAGCCUGACCUCGCGAACGUCCCCGUGAAAAACAAGAUGCUCAUGCUGUCCUUCGACUUGAGAGUCUGUGGCCUGGGCCCUGAGGCCGACCGGCUGGAGGAGCUUGUGGAGAAACUCGAGGCAGCCCCCUGCUGUCCGCUGCUGGAGGUGCAGUCGGUUUUGGACCUCCUGGUCCAGCUGGCAGGGAGCGGGCCCCCUCAAGUGCUGCCACCCAAACGGGACUACUUCUUCAACAACAAGCACGUUGGGAGAAACGUGCCCUACAGCGGCUACGACUGCUAUGACCUGAGUGUGUUUGAGAUGGACGUUCAGUCUCUGAUUUCCAGAGAGGAGUAUUUAUGUCAGGACACGAUCCAGAAAGCACUUCAGGUGAUGGAGGCGGCACCAGGCACCGGCUUGCCCUCUGUCGGGCUCUUCUCAUAUGGCGACCCUUGUGGUGAUAGGUUUGAGAGAGACACCCGGGCCUCGCUCUUCGGAGCCCUGGUGCACAGCCGCACGUACGACAUGGAUGUCAGGCUGGACUUGCCCCCGGUGCCGGACAGCGUGGACCUGUCUGGACUGGCCAUUAAGGUUCCUCAGAGUGUGGAUCAGUCAGAAGAUGAAGGGUUCCAGUCAGCAUCCAACUUGACUCCUGAUUCCCAGUCUGAACCGGGCAUGACCCCCGACAUCGACCUGUGGGACGCCGUGCUCACCUAUGAGGCCAGCAAGCGGAGGUGUUGGGAGCAAGUUGGCUGCGCCCCUGGCCACAGAGAGGAGCCCUACCUCACCGAGGCGGGAAGGGAGGCCUUUGACAGGUUCUGCAGGCUCCGUGUCGGGGAGCUGCAAGUGCUGGCCGGGGCCCUCCCGCAGGCUGCGCGGCCUGUCCUGGUGAAGGAGCAUGAGCUGGUGAAGGACGCGCUGAACGUGCUGAUUGGGGUCGUGUCCUCCACAUUCCCCCUCUGCCAGGCGACUCAGGCCUUCGUGGUGAAGCGGGGCAUCCAUGUGUCGGGAACGUCCCCCGAGAGCAUCAGCAGCCUCCUCUCGGAGGUGGCCGAAUGCGGGACCUACUACACACGCCUGAGCCACUUCUCCCUGCAGCCUGUGCUGGACUCCUCGUGCAGCAAGGGCCUCGUGUUCCAGGCCUUCACCAGCGGCCUGAGGAGGUACUUGCAGUAUUACCGGGCUUGCGUCCUCGCCACGCCACCCACUCUGAGCCUCCUCGCCAUCGGCUUUCUCUUCAAGAAGCUGGGCCGGCAGCUCAGGUACCUGGCCGAGCUCUGUGGUGUGGGCACCUGCGGAGGAGAGCCCAGGGCUGCGUUCCCCACCGGAGUGAAGCUGCUUUCCUACCUGUACCAGGAGGCCCUGGACAACUGCAGCAACGAGCACUACCCAGUGCUGCUGUCUCUGCUCAAGACCAGCUGCGAGCCCUACACGAGGUUCAUCCACGACUGGGUGUACAGUGGGGUCUUCAGAGACGUGUAUGGCGAGUUCAUGAUCCAGGUGAACCAUGAGUACCUGGGCUUCAGAGAUAAGGCGUACUGGACCCACGGCUACGUGCUCCUCUCCAAGGAGGUAGAGGACUGUGUGCCCGCAUUCUUGAAGCACGUCGCUCAGGACAUGUAUGUUUGCGGCAAGACCGUCAACCUGCUGAAGCUCUGCUGCCCCCGGCAUUACCUCUGCUGGUCCGAUGUCCCUGUGCCGCGGAUCUCAGUGGUCUUCUCGCUUGAGGAGUUGAAGGAGAUAGAGAAGGACUGCGCCAUCUACGUGGGGCGCAUGGAGAGGGUGGCGCGCCACAGUUCCAUCAGCAAAGAGGAGAAGGAAUUACGGAUGGAAAUCGCGAAACAAGAGUUAAUCGUCCACGCCCGCGAAGCGGCGUCCCGGGUGCUGAGUGCACUGAGCGAUCGGCAGAUGUCUGAGCGGAUGGCCUUGGAUGCCCGGAAGCGAGAGCAGUUUCAGAAGCUGAAGGAGCAGUUUGUGAAGCACCAGGAGCGACGCCGGGCGGCCAGGCGGGAGGAGCUGGAUGACGACUUCAGCUACGCCCGUGAGCUUCGUGACAGGGAGCAGAGGCUGAGGGCCCUGGAGGAACAGUUGGAGCGGAAGGCGAGGCAGGCGCUGGUUGACCGUUAUAGCAAGUUGUCUGCAGAGGCAGCUCGUCGGGAGCAGAAGGCGCUAUGGAAAAUCCAGAGGCACAGACUGGCGGGCGCACGGCUUCGCUUUCUCUUAGAAGAUCAGGAGCGCAUUCAGGCCAUGCUGAAGGCCGUGUCGGAGGGGACGUCCCUGGAGCCGCCGGCCAUCCUCCCGAGUGCACGUUCCCAGGACCCGUCUCCAGGCCCCGAGCUCCCAGAUGGAGGCGGCAGGUGUGAUUCUGGGUGUGCAGAGCAACAGGAGGCUUCCCGGGAUGGCCCGAGCAGGCCAGGCAUGUGGGCGCCACAGCCUCUGGAGCCUUCAGCGGGGGCCUGUGACCCAGGGCAGGCAGAGGGGUCGGGGCCGUUCUCUGCAGGCCUCAGCAUCCAGGACUUCCUGCCCAUGGGCCAGGGGGCUGAGCAGCCUGUGCUCACCGGUGUGGCCCCUGCCCUGGCGGAGGCGCUACAGACCAUCGGCUCGGCCUUGCACCCCUCAGCUCCAUCUGCAUCGGGCACAGGGCCCUCUGGGCCACAGGAGUACGAUUUCAGAACCAUCUUGAGGCCAGCUGUGGUCACCUCAGCUUCCCCAGGGUCUCUCCAGACUGUAGGAGGCGGCGUGGGCUGUGAGGAGGUGCAGCUGUGUGAGAAUGUUCAUGUGCAGCUGGACACAUGUGUCCCAGAGGGGCAGGUGUCUCUGCCUUACCCACACCCUCCCAGGAACAACCCCCCCGAGGAGGGGAGCAGCCCGGCCGUUGGGGAGCUCCUUGGGCAUGUGUCAGAGGCUGGUGUUCUCACAGAGAGUUACGCUUCCGGAAUGGCGCCCUCCCGGCCACGGUGGAACGUCCACGGGCACGUGUCUGACGCCAGCAUCAGGGUAGGGGAGAACGUGUGGGACGUGGCGCCCUCCCGGCCACGGUGGAACGUCCACGGGCACGUGUCUGACGCCAGCAUCAGGGUAGGGGAGAACGUGUGGGACGUGGCGCCCUCCCGGCCACGGUGGAACGUCCACGGGCACGUGUCUGACGCCAGCAUCAGGGUAGGGGAGAACGUGUGGGACGUGGCGCCCUCCCGGCCACGGUGGAACGUCCACGGGCACGUGUCUGACGCCAGCAUCAGGGUAGGGGAGAACGUGUGGGACGUGGCGCCCUCCCGGCCACGGUGGAACGUCCACGGGCACGUGUCUGACGCCAGCAUCAGGGUAGGGGAGAACGUGUGGGACGUGGCGCCCUCCCGGCCACGGUGGAAUGUCCACGGGCACGUGUCUGAGUCCCAGGUGAUACUGGGGGCGCUCCCAGAGGAAGCCCAGCCUGAUACGCCCAGGUCCCACCAGAGCCCCACUGACCACGUGUCCCAGUCUGGCAUCAGCCUGGGAGCACAGAGCCCCGCUUGGGAACGUGCGCCACAGCUGCCCGCAGAGCUGGCCUCAGAUAGCUCCUGCACUGAGAUGGCUGGCUCUGACUCCGGGGAAGAGAGUGGCCUGCAGGCCUCGCCCGCUGCUGUGGCUGCACCUGGUGCUCUGGGAGACAGCAUCCCCGGAGAGCCAGGCCCAGGGAGGAGCGGGGACACAGAGGACUGCUCUUCAAGUUGGCCUUCCAGCUCACAGGAAAGUGCAGCUGCCGAGAGCAGCCCGGGCCUCAGGGAGGAGGCGGCGGCGGCGGCCCCGUGCGGGGACGGGGAGCAGGCCUACCUGGCAGGCCUGGUGAGGAGGUAUCGCCUGGAGCAGUACCCGGACAGCUACGAGGCCAUGUCAGAGCCUCCAGUCGCCCGCCUCCUACACCACGGGCUGCCCGGGGCCGUUGCCCUCCCUGAGGACCCCCACCGCCAGCCAAACGCGGAUGAGACCGCCGUGCAGCUCAGCGAGCUGCUGCCGCUGCCCGUGCUCAUGAAGCACUCGGUCACUGCCCCGCUGGCUGCCCACGUCUCGUUGGUGAACAAGGCUGCCGUGGACUAUUUCUUCGUGGAGCUGCGCCUGGAGUCCCACUUCGAGGCCUUGCGCCACUUCCUGUUGAUGGAGGACGGCGAGUUUGCCCAGUCCCUCAGUGACCUGCUCUUCGAGAAGCUCGGGGCCGGCCAGACACCCGGGGAGCUGCUGAACCCGAUGGCGCUGAACGCGGUGCUGAGCAAGGCGCUGCAGUACAGCCUGCACGGGGACUCCCCGCACGCGGCCAACCUGUCCUUCGCCCUCAAGUUCCUGCCUGAGGCCUUUGCGCCCAACGCCCCUGACGUGCUGAGCUGCCUGGAGCUCAGGUACAAGGUGGACUGGCCCCUCAACAUCGUCAUCACGGAGAGCUGCCUGAGCAGGUAUGGUGGCAUCUUCUCGUUCCUGCUGCAGCUGAAGCUCAUGAUGUGGACACUCAAGGACGUCUGCUUCCACCUGAAGCGCACAGCCCUGCUGAGCCCCGCAGCCGGCUCCGUGCAGCUCCGUCAGCUGCAGCUGUUCAAGCACGAGAUGCAGCACUUCGUGAAAGUCAUCCAGGGCUACAUCGCCAAUCAGAUCCUGCAUGUCACCUGGUGCGAGUUCCGGGCCAGGCUGGCGGCAGUGGGCGACCUGGAGGAGAUCCGGCGGGCCCAUGCCGAGUACCUGCACAAGGCCGUGUUCAGGGGCCUGCUGACGGAGAAGGCAGCGCCGGCCAUGAACAUCAUCCACAGCGUCUUCAGCCUCGUGCUCAAGUUCCGCAGCCAGCUCAUCUCCCAGCCCUGGGGCCCGACCGAGCACCCCAGCUUUGCCCUCAUGCAGCAGUCCUACAGCACCUUCAAGUACUACUCCCAUUUCCUCUUCAAAGUGGUGACCAAGCUGGUGAACCGCGGCUACCAGCCCCACCUGGAGGACUUCCUGCUGCGUAUCAACUUCAACAGCUACUACCAGGAUGCCUGAGCCGGGCGGGGCUGAGGCAGUGAC